AGAGGGAGAAGGAGGAGGCGGUUUGCAGCUGAGCUGAACGGCUACGUGGCAUGUCGGCGUUUUCCAUGGAGAAGCUUCUGUUCCUCUGCGGCGCGAGCGAGGAGCCGGUAAAUGUUGAGGACUCAAACAACAUGUUACCCAAAUCCAGACGAGCGCUCACCAUUCAGGAGAUCGCAGCUCUCGCCAGAUCUUCACUUCACGGUAUCUCUCAGGUGGUCAAGGACCAUGUGACGAAGCCCACGGCGAUGGCUCAGGGCCGGGUGGCCCACCUGAUCGAGUGGAAGGGCUGGUGCAAACCCACGGACUCUCCAAACGCGCUGGAGUCCGACUUCAACUCCUACUCAGACCUGACGGAGGGCGAGCAGGAGGCGCGCUUCGCAGCAGGUGUUGCUGAACAGUUUGCGAUUGCGGAGGCAAAACUUCGGGCCUGGUCUUCAGUAGACGGAGAUGAGUCUAACGACGAUUCCUACGAUGAAGACUUCCUACCUGCUAACGAACCCACCACACAGAGUACAGAUCUGUCGUCGUACCCUCAUUACCUGCGGGACCUCUUACACACCCAAGUGUGUCAGGCACAUCUGCGGAGGCGAGGGGCAUGUGAGGCUGAGAGCGGUGUGGCCUUUGACCUUUCGCCCCCUGUGGGCUCGCCGGCCUCCCCGUCCGACACCCUCUGCUCCAGCCUGUGCAGCCUAGAUGAGAGACACCCACUGCUCCGGGACCUCGGUCACCGUGGCGACCUGGGUCAUCGUGGCGACACAGCGGCUGACCUCGCUGCCAAGCUCCUGGGGGCACUGCACGGAGGGGACGACCCACUUCUGGCACGGCUCCAACGGGCCGGACUCAGACGGGGUGGACAGUCGCCCUGCUGCCCGUUCGAAGACGAGGACGCUCCAUGCAAGGACUGCAGAGGCGGAGUCUGCUGCCCACCCGAGUACCACGCGCGGAGGAAGGUGUCGGACGUGGCCUCAUCCGGCAUAGUGUCGCUGGAUGAGGAGGACGGGGAAGAGGAGGAAGUGGACGAAGAGGAAAGGGAACAGUGACUGCGCCUUCCCUUCUGUCCUGGUUCCGCCUCCUCGGAAUGACUUAGCAUGUUUACGUAAGGCUCCUCCCCUCUCAUUUGCAUCUGUAUCCGCCUUCUCUGGUCUGUUUUUUGAGACGUUUGUUGUUUUAUUUGUACUGCGCGGCGGGGAGGAUGCGAUGUCAGCAAGACGAAGAAGAAGAAGCGUUCCGAGAAAAAUUACGCUAAACUCGGAAAAACUGGCGAAGCUAUAGACGAGUCAGAGGAACGAAAGGCUGGAAGUGGACUGAAACAGAACAAAACAAAACAACGGACCCUUCUGCAUGUGUCUGGACGUUCGGACAGUUCCUUAGCACGGUUUGCGAAUUUGGCUGUCCUGUUACCCAAAAGUGCUCAGGCCCCAAUGCAUUAUGGGGCCUGGUUUGUCCCGCCCCCUUUUUUGCAAGAGACGGUUGCAUCCUUUGGGCAUGGCUGCUUGCUGAGUAAAACUCGAAAAUGAAAAGAAAAGAAAAGAAGAAAAAAAAAACGAACUGCCAAACUAAACUUUCCUUAGCCUGUCACAAUCAGCUCCGAGAAUACUGCUGGAAUGUUGAAUGUUUGUACAGUGACGGGAAUAUGUAUUUCAAAACGAAGCAUAAAAAAGAGAUUAAUUUUGAAUUUUUGUUUCUUUUUUGGGGUUUGAACUAGUUUUUUAACCACUACUGUUAUUAUUAUUAUUAUUAUUAUUAUUAUUGCAUUCAUAGAAUUUGCUAGAAUUUCAGUA